CAAAACGACUUGGAAUGACGUACGGAUCCUAUUUGUCCCAUAAGUCUGUAAGAUUUCCUCUUAAAUGUGUUGGAGGAAUUGAACAGAUUUAAAUGGAGUCUCAGUUCCGCCGUCUAAUAGGAUUUUGUCUUCCUGUCUUCUGGGGUACGUGACGUCUCACACGCAGGAAGCCGAGUAAUGGAUCGCGGUGAAUGUUAACACGAGGUAAAUUAUUAACUGGACCGAAAUCUGCUUCACAAAACGCUGGGUGUAAAAUAAAGAACGUAUUAUUUAUGUCACUCGAUCACGACAGUAAAGUCUGCGUAUUUAAAAUGCACGUUUCAUUUAUUUCAUUAACGCCGGCGUCAUUCUGAAUUCUUUCUACGUUUGUUUUCCGCGUUCAGUUUAGUUUUAUUGCCCUUGAUUUCUAAUCAGUCUGAACUUUGAGACAAAGCAACGAAGAUGGUUUUUAAACACGCAAGGAACUGCAUGAGAAACUGAAAUUGUGAGUAACUAAAUGUUUACGUCGAGCUUUAAGGCUACUGUGAUGAGCGAGUGUUAAUACUUUAUUUUGUUUAGAGCUUUUCGGCCUCGAGGUUCAGACGCUGACUUCAAACAUGAGUUUAUCUUCAACUAAAGACGUGAAACAAAGAAUAAGCGCAGCUGGUACGUACCUGAAGCGGGACUGGUCUAGAGAGCAACCUAUUAACUUGCCAGUGGAGGAGUCUUCUAGUCAUACACAAUCCCCAGAACUCGGCUGUGUGUCUGUGAAGAGCGACAUGUCAAGAGAACAACCAGUUGGUUUCCAGAAGGAAGACGCUAUUCCCAGGUCAAGGUUGUGUGACUGCGGGAUCACGGAGGCAGGCUGCAGCGCUCUGUCUUUAGCUCUGAGCUCAAACCCAUCCCACUUAAGAGAGCUGGAUCUGAGCAGUAAUAAAAUAAGCGACUCGGGAGUCAAGCUGAUUUCUGAUAAUCUGGCUGAUCCACAGUGCGUGUUAAAGAAACUCGGACUGUUUAACUGCGAGGUCACAGGUAAAGGCUGCGCUGCUUUGGUGUCAGCGCUGAUGUUGAACCCGUCACAUCUCAGAGAGCUGAACCUGGGUGGGAACGAUCUGACAAAGUCAGCGCUCGAUCUGCUGUUGGCUUUAGUGCAGGAUCCUUUCUGCGCCCUGGAUAAAUUAGACUCUGGGAUACAGCAUGCGUGAAAUUCUUUAUGGAAAUAGAUGAUGUUCGUCCUUAUUCCAGCAACAGAGCAAGUAAACACAGGAACGAAUACAAACUCCCUGCAUUUAACUCUUAACUGUUAACCAGCGAGUCAGUUUUGUGGAUUCAAAGGAUUUGCUGUGAUGUGUUUUUUUUUCCCUUCUUCUUAUUUUUAUUAUUUUGUAUUAAAAAUACAGACUAUAUUUCCAGCAUUAAUUCCAAGUGACUGUAAUUAUUUAAUCGUCCACUAGAGGGCGCUAGAUAGGCGGCUAAUACUGACUUGACAAAAACAUCAACAAAUUAAUGAAGGAAGCAGAUUCUGUCUUUGAAUUUGGUCAUUAUGAUGAUGGUGUUUUCACCAAACCUUUUUUUUUUAAGUGUAAAGAAAAUGAAUAAAUGUUGCUUUAUUUAUUUAGUAUGUGCUCCUGCUCACCAGAAUUCUGAGCAGCUCGUUUGAUUGGCUCAGUGUCUGGUACCUAUGUCUGGUACCUCACCUAUGUCUGGUACCUCACCAAUGUCUGGUACCUCACCUAUGUCUGGUACCUCACCUAUGUCUGGUACCUCACCUAUGUCUGGUACCUCACCAAUGUCUGGUACCUCACCUAUGUCUGGUACCUCACCUAUGUCUGGUACCUCACCAAUGUCUGGUACCUCACCUAUGUCUGGUACCUCACCUAUGUCUGGUACCUCACCUAUGUCUGGUACCUCACCAAUGUCUGGUACCUCACCAAUGUCUGGUACCUCACCUAUGUCUGGUACCUCACCUAUGUCUAGUACCUCACCAAUGUCUGGUACCUCACCAAUGUCUGGUACCUCACCUAUGUCUGGUACCUCACCAAUGUCUGGUACCUCACCAAUGUCUGGUACCUCACCUAUGUCUGGUACCUCACCUAUGUCUGGUACCUCACCUAUGUCUGGUACCUCACCUAUGUCUGGUAUAAGACAUUAACUUGGUUAACAUACGAAGUGAUGUAUUGUUUGAUGUAAUCUUUUGUUCUGUACAUAGCCUCUAUUCACCGAAGCUGUGUACUCUGUAAAUAAACGAAUGAAUAAAACUG